GUGCAAACCUUUGACAGCAUCUUCCUGUUUGAUGUUCAUGUGGUUAUGGAUAUGGAUUUGACAUGUUAUGGAGAUACGCCCAAAUGUAAACUGGGAUAAAGGUCGUGCAUUGAUGUAUUUGCUUGACACUCUUGGAUUUGAGAGCUUUAAUGAUGUUCUACCAAUUUACCUUGGAGAUGACAAAACAGAUGAAGAUGCUUUUAAGGUUAUAAGACACAUUGGAAGAGGAUUUCCCAUCAUUGUUUCUUCAAUUGUCAAGGAGACCAAGGCUUCAUAUUCUCUGCGUGACCCUGCUGAUGUGAUGACUUUCUUGACAUGUUUAGCAAAAUGGAAGAAGAACAUGUUACAGAAAACUAAAUAGACUUAUGAGAUUGUAGGCUAAUUUGUUCCUUUUUAAAUUUAACAAAUUAUCCUUGAGUUUGUAUGUCGAGACAAGGACUUGAG